UUUACUAAAUUAUCGAAUUUUUUUCGCCUUGUAUUUGUUGUGAUUGUUUAUUAAUCAAUGAUUUGACCAUUCUUAUUAUUAAUUAACAUUUUGAAAGUUUUCUUGAUGCCUGAUUCCGGUUCUUAUCAUUAUCAUCGAAAAAUGAGUUCCGAAGAUGAAAAUUUCGAUGAAAAAGCUCAUCGAAGAAUCAUCGAAGCAAAAGUCAAAGCUCGUCCAGAGUUAGACAUGUGCGGAUGGACAAAAUUCAAUUAUGCUGAAAAAUUUGAUCUGAAUUAUCGUCCAGAUAAUUGUGAACGAAUCCAAAUCGAUCAAGUAUCUCCGGAAGAAUUUAUUGCAAAAUAUGAAAUGAAAUAUUAUCCAGUAGUUAUUACAGGUGUUUGUGAUGAUUGGAAAACGUCGGAAAAAUGGAAUCCCGAAAGAUUGGCGAAAAAAUAUCGAAAUCAAAAAUUCAAAUGUGGUGAAGAUAAUGAAGGAUAUAGUGUUAAAUUGAAAAUGAAAUAUUUUGUUCAUUAUAUGAAAAAUAAUAAAGAUGAUAGCCCAUUAUAUAUCUUUGAUAGCACAUUUGGUGAGGUAAUUAUAAAAUUAUUUUUAAAAAUAAAUUUUAUUUCAAACUAUUAUCAAAAUCAAUUAAUUAUUGAUAAUUGGCAGCAUCCACGUAAGAAAAAAUUACUUGAAGAUUAUCAAGUGCCCGCUUAUUUUCGUGAUGAUUUGUUUAAAUAUGCUGGUGAAGAGAAACGUCCACCAUAUCGUUGGUUUGUGAUGGGUAGUGCUCGAUCCGGUACCGGUAUACAUAUUGAUCCAUUAGGUACAAGUGCCUGGAAUACUUUGGUGAUGGGCACAAAACGUUGGUGUCUAUUUCCAACGAAUACACCAAAAGAAAUUAUUAAAGUGCAACAGAAUGAAGGUGGUAAUCAAACCGAUGAAGCAAUCACAUGGUUUUCUGUGAUAUAUCCACGAACUCAAAUGGAUGAUUGGCCAAAACAAUUUAAACCAAUUGAAAUUAUUCAGAAAGCAGGUGAAACUGUAUUUGUGCCUUCGGGUUGGUGGCAUGUUGUGCUCAAUCUUGACAAUACGAUCGCCGUUACACAAAACUUUUGCAGUCUGACAAAUUUUCCUAUUGUAUGGCAUAAAACUGUACGCGGUCGACCUAAAUUAUCGGUAAAAUGGCUUGAUAGUUUAGCUAAACAUUUACCAGAAAUGGCUACAAUAGCUCAACGUAUCGAUCUCAAUCAACCGACUGGUGUUGCAUCCGAUAGUGAAGAUAGUUCUAGUUCCAGUUCAGAUUCCGAAUGUUCGAAUCCGGAUUGUAGCUGUCGGAAAUCAUGCAAUUCGGAUAAAGAUGAUAACAUUUGCGGUGAUGUUAAUGAUAAUGAUGAUGAUUUACGUAUUAGCACAACGAACAAAUAUAAACGGAAAAGAUAUCGAUCGUCAAGUGUGUCAAGCAAUGAGGAUAAUAGCAAUAAAUAACAAGAUGACAUCAUUGUAAAUCAAUUAAUUAAUAUUGAUCAUUAAGAUUAUCAUGAAAUAAUUUAAGAAAUUUACCAAAUUUAGAUUUGGUUAUUACUACUUUUACGAUCAAAA